AUGGCGGCUUAUGGUGCAUCGGUUUCUCUUAAGAAUACAAUUCAGCGUCUUCUACAAUCGUCUCGUAUUUCGCUGGUUCCUCCCUCUCUACAAAUCUUACAAUCCGCAAACGAAUCCAUGUGCCGUCUACAAAAAGUUAUGCUAAUAUUAGACGGCACCAGCUGCAGAAAGAUCAGGGCGAAGGUGAAUGAUUUGGAUGAACGAAUCAAAGAGGUCGUAUGGGAAUUCGAAGAUUUACUAGAAUCCCUUUUCACGGAUCAGAUUCUUCCACAGCUCGAAAGGUCAUCGAGAGGUGUGAGAGAUGGCUUGUCUUUCUCUGUAGAUCUGCAGAGUCUGCGGCAGAGUGUUGAUUGCUUUGUCGAGAGGUUGGAGGUGAUGGAGGUGGAGUAUUUUACUGAGCUGGUGAAUAUGCCUGAAGAAGAAGGUGAACUUCUUUCCUCAAGAAUUGAUUUUGGUGGAAUCAAUUCAAAUAUGGUUGGAUUAUCUGAUGAAUUUGAACGAGUCAAGGAUUAUUUGAUCAAUGAUAGAGGGAAUCGGUUGUUAGUUAAUGGGAUGGCCGGGGUUGGAAAGACAACUCUUGUUAAGAAAGUAUUUGACGAUCCGUUGAUUCAAAGACGUUUCGAGAAUCGAGCAUGGAUCAAAGUGGGCAGAAAAUGUGAAUCCGGUGAAAUUUUACGAUGCAUUCUAGCUCAAGUGGAUCCUAACACUCGCGACCAAAUUCUUACCCAAGCAGACGACAAUGACGACCGAAUAUUAGUUGGACUCUUGAAAGAGAGAUUGAAGGAUAAGAAAUGUCUCAUUGUGUUUGAUGAUGUAUGGGAAUGGGACACACGAGUGAUGUAUAACUUGCCUGAAGAGAAUGUCCGGAUCUUAAUCACAAACAGACUAAGAAUUGAUGAAUUGAAUAAUCUUGCUACUAAGGGUACGUUACGCUUGCUGAAUAUAGAAGAAAGUAUGAAAUUACUUGGCGAGAGGGUGUUUGGUGAAAAGGGGUUCCCUUCUGACCUUGAAAAAUUGGGUGAGAAGAUCGCCUACAAAUGUGAAGGUCUUCCACUUAUGAUAGUCACAGUUGCAGAGCUUCUAUCCAAAGAAGACAUGACCCAACCAUACUGGACCGAGGUAGUUGAAAAGCAGCAAAAUUCAGUCUUUGUGGAAGCAUAUAAUCAAAUAUCAGAGGUACUUUUCCCAAACUAUGACUAUCUACCUCAAUAUUUUAAAAUGUUUUUUCUCUAUGUGGGCGCUUUCCCUCCAUAUAGUGAUAUCGAAAUACACAACCUUUUUGAUCGGUUAAGUGCUGAGGGGUUUCUUGAACCAAUUGGAGAACAAACUUUGGAAGACUUCAUGGUCGAAUGCUUGGUUGUGCUUGCUCACAAGUAUCAUCUUGACUCGGAUUACGCGUGCAUUCAUGUUGGCAGCACUUGUGUAAGAAAGAAGCUAGUAAGAUCAAGUUUUUGCAUGUUUUACAAAGUUGUGAUGACGUUGUGA